AAGUGUGCUUGAUUUUUUAUUUGUGCCUUGUGCAUUAAAUUAAUAAUAUACUUAUUUUUAACUGUUUAAAUGCUUGGUUAUAUCGUUUUUAAAUUAAAAAAAAAAAUUUAACUUAACACUUUAUCAUUUGAAGUAAUUGUAUGAUAUAAAUGUAUUAAAACUAUGUUUUUUAGACGUUUAAAACUAUCACAUACACGGUGUUUUCUGCCGGCGUUUUUCUUGAACAAAAAUGAACACGAUUUAGAAGGAACCGAAAUCUUAGAUACAAAAAAAGUCGGUGGUUGGCAAGGUGUUGUGAACGCAUUUUCCACCGACGAAGAUGGCAAUCCAUCUCCAGAUGUAAGAGCUAUACUUUCGACAAUAUGUUACAGCAGUUUGAUGGGUGGUGUGUAUGGAAGUUUAUCAUACAGUAAACGGGCUUAUGAGGAUUUUUUUCAGAAGAACCAAGCAACACUGUUUCAAAAUCAGUUUGAAGCCAAAGCUAAACUACAAUCUCAAGUUACACUGGCAAUGGCAAGAGGUGUCUUUAAAUGGGGAACUAGGGUAGCACUAUUUUGCGGAUCUUUUACAACUGUAGUAACUGCUGUAAAUGCGUACACACAAAAUGUAACUUUAAUUAGUUAUGCUACAGCUGGUUUUGUAGUUGGUGGAAUUGCAAGAAUAAGUUUUGGUAUGAAAGGUUUUAUUGUUGGAUCUACAUUGGGGGGUAUUUUAGGGAUUAUUGCUGGAGGUUGUACAUUAUUAAUAUUAAAGUAUUCUUCUUUUACUAUGGAUGAAGUAAAAGAAUGGCAGAGCGAAAGUCAAAUAGAAAGAGAUUUAUAUUUUGUUAAGGAACAAAAAACAUCUCAGAUAUUCAAGUAUGAUAAACCACCUGAACUAGAAGAACAUGAAAAAAGAUUACAACAAUUGGGACAAUUCCAGAAUAAAGAAUAACUGGAAUGAUUUAUGAAUGAAGUGUAAUGUCAUAUAUUCAGGACUCUGGUACCUCAUCAGCAGCUCCAUUAUAGGGAAAAAUUGAUACUUCAAAGGCCUUGGUGAACCGUUCAUCGCAGUCCAUCAGUCCUCUAAAUUCCAUCCAAUAAUUGCCAACAUUAGCCAUUGCUUCAACUACAAAAUCCCAGUGUUCAUCAGCAUAACUUACAAACGAAUCAACUGUUAACAUGUACAUAUUGUUAUAAUUGUUAGUAAUUUGUGUUAAAGUAAAUAGUGUUGUUAUUUUAGUA